AUGGCCUCUAAAAGGAUCACCAAGGAAUUAAAAGACCUGCAGAAGGAUCCUCCUGUUUCUUGCAGUGCAGGUUUAUAUAUAAAUUCAUUUGUUUCUGUCUUGUGCUUGUUUACAGGUCCUGCUGGAGAUGACAUGUUUCACUGGCAAGCAACAAUUAUGGGUCCAGCAGAUAGCCCUUAUGCCGGUGGGGUGUUUUUGGUGUCAAUUCACUUUCCUCCUGAUUAUCCAUUCAAGCCUCCUAAGCUAUCCUUCAAAACAAAAGUUUAUCACCCCAACAUCAACAGUAAUGGUAGCAUCUGUCUUGACAUUUUGAAAGAACAGUGGAGCCCUGCCCUUACAGUUUCAAAGGUCUUAUUGUCGAUAUGUUCCUUGCUGACGGAUCCAAACCCAGAUGAUCCUUUGGUACCAGAAAUUGCACAUACGUACAAGACUGAUAGAGCCAAGUACGAGUCUACUGCUCGCGCCUGGACCCAGAAAUACGCUAUGAGUUAAGACUUUGGG